GACUCUGCUGCAAAGGACUGACAUAAUUACCAAAGUGCCCUUAUGAACAAUACGUCAAUAUAAGCGCUGACUUAAAAACCCUAAACCCACCCCAUCGCUGUCUCUCUUCGUUUCUCCAUUCUCAGCAACUCAGCAGACCGAAACAGAACUUAGUUUUUUAGGUCUGUUUUUCUUGAGGGUUGAGACAUGCUUGUGUUGUUCGAGACUCCGGCAGGCUUUGCCCUUUUCAAAGUCUUAGAUGAAGGGAAGCUGAAUAAAGUUGAGGACUUGUCAAAGGAAUUCUUGGCUCCUGACUCUGCCAGAAAGGUUGUGUCGUUGAAAGCCUUUUCCAAGUUUGAAAACACUGCAGAAGCUUUGGAAGCUGCAACCAAACUACUUGAAAGUGCACCCAGUAAAGGUCUGCGCAAGUUUUUGCGUGCGCAUUGUGAUGGUGAAACACUUGGAGUGGCUGAUUCAAAGCUUGGAAAUGCAAUUAAGGAAAAACUGAAAAUUGAUUGUGUUCACAAUAAUGCUGUUAUGGAGUUGCUGAGAGGUGUGAGAACUCAGUUGACAGAACUCAUAUCUGGUCUAGGUGCUCAAGAUUUAGCUCCGAUGAGUUUGGGUCUUUCACAUAGCCUUUCUAGAUACAAGCUAAAGUUCAGUGCUGAUAAGGUUGAUACAAUGAUUGUUCAAGCCAUUGGUUUGCUUGAUGACCUUGAUAAAGAGCUCAACACAUAUGCAAUGAGGGUUCGUGAAUGGUAUGGUUGGCAUUUUCCAGAGCUUACUAAGAUCAUACAAGACAAUAUCAUGUAUGCCAAGGCAGUAAAACUAAUGGGUGACCGUGCUAAUGCUGCUAAGCUCGACUUCUCAGAGGUAUUACCAGAAGAGGUUGAGACGGAAUUAAAGGAGGCAGCAGUUAUAUCCAUGGGGACUGAAAUUAGUGACCUUGAUCUGAUGAAUAUCAAAGAUUUAUGUGAUCAGGUUCUCAAUCUUUCUGAAUACCGAGCUCAGCUAUAUGAUUAUUUAAAGAGCAGGAUGAACACUGUUGCACCAAACUUGACUGCUCUUGUCGGUGAACUUGUUGGUGCUCGUCUCAUUGCUCAUGGUGGCAGCUUAAUAAAUCUUGCCAAACAGCCUGGUAGUACUGUUCAGAUUCUAGGUGCGGAGAAGGCUCUCUUCAGAGCUCUGAAGACAAAGCAUUCGACUCCCAAAUACGGACUCAUCUACCAUGCAUCCUUGGUUGGUCAGGCAGCACCAAAACACAAGGGGAAGAUUUCCAGGUCACUUGCCGCAAAGGCUGCAUUGGCAAUUCGUUGUGAUGCUCUUGGAGAUGACCAAGAUAACUCUAUGGGACUUGAGAACCGAGCCAAGCUUGAAGCAAGAUUAAGGGCUCUUGAAGGCAAAGAACUGGGACGUUCUGCCGGGUCGGCUAAAGGCAAGCCUAAGAUAGAAGUCUAUGACAAGGAUCGGAAGAAGGGAGCUGGGUUAAUAACUCCUGCUAAGACAUACAAUCCUGCAGCAGAUUCUGUUCUCAGUCAAAUAACAAACACCGCUGCACUUGAUGAACAAGACACAGUCCCAAAGAAGAAGAAGAAGGUUGAGGCCGAACUUCCACAGAUAGAGAAAGCAGCUGAGGUACCUGCAAUUGAAGCUAAGAAAGAGAAGAAGAAAAAGAAGAAGAAAGCUGACAAGGAAGCAGGUUUGCCAACUAAUGAAAAUGAACCUGAAAACGAAGAACCUACGGAGAAGGAAAAGAAGAAACAUCAGACCGAGGAUGUAGAGAAUGCUGAAGUAGGAGAGAAGAAAAAGAAAAAGAGAAAGCACGAAGAACAAGAAGAUACAGAAUCUGAAGUGCAGACCAAGAAAGAGAAAAAGAAGAAGAAGAAGAAGAGUGAAGAUUGAGAAAAAUCAAAGGCCUUACGUGGUGAUCGACUGCCAGACAAAUUUUGGGUAAGAAAAUAGAAUUUAACUUAUGCUUGUAAAAUGUGGUAUUUUGUUGAGUUAAUCAUCUGGUAGUGUGUGUUCUUUAAACCCAAUUAUGAUGUAUUUUCAACUUCCUUAAGGAUGCAAUUGCAGGGGAAUAUCAAAACAAUUUUUUGUUAUCCUUUUAA